AGAGGUAAAUUAAAAUGUUAUUAUACCUCUUGGCACUAUUCGCUGAUACACCAUGUUUUCUGCGGCUGCAGCGUAUGACCAGUGACCACCACGGGAUUUUGGAGAGUAGUAGGUCUGCAUAGGACGGAGAUGCUUGAUCUUGAGAUUCACAACAAAAAAAUGAUUGCUUGCCAAUGGAUAUAACACCCCCUGCCUGCCAAAACUAUGUAGAUUCAGUCAUAAAGAAACCCGUUUUUAUUGAACAUGCAUUCAAUUGCAGCCGGUUCUGGAUUUGUACCGUAGACCUUUCCCCAUGUCUUAGGGAAUGUCCAAGAGGCUGUGGAAGGGAUGGAUCAAUACAGGCCUUCUACUUUGAUGUUAGAAUCCAGUAUCCAUAUGGACCUGUAUGUGACUGGCCUGCUGUUACUGACUGUGAGAUGGGCGAUGAACCUGAAUGUGUUAAAAAUGAUGAUUGUCUGAACAAUGAGUACUGUUCUGAUGAUUCUAAAUGUCAGGUUGGAUGUCGAGAUAAUUCUAACUGUGGUACAUGUGGUAAGUGUAUAAACCAUGUAUGUACACAACCUGACUGUUGUACAGAUACAGACUGCGAGAAUUUGGAGUAUUGUGCUGAUACAGGAACCUGUGAACUAGGAUGUAAUGAAAAUUCUGAUUGCAUAUAUUUGUAUGGUUGUUCAACUUGCAACAUGGAAUCUAAAAUGUGUGAAUGCUGCGAAGGAGUUGAAUGCUGCGAAGAUGAUGAUUGUGGAAGUGGUUUUUUCUGCGCUGGAAAUAUGUGUACACAUUACACAAGCAUAUUUUAAAUGAUUCUAAAUUCUAAAGUAAGAGUCAAUGUCAUUACAAUUAAAUGUUUUUUUUUUAAU